UUGUUUCCUGCAGUUCUCUGUCUGGCACAUUUGCUUCUGUCAAAUGUAUAAUUGCGAGUGUUGUAUGUGAUGUGUAUUGCGUCCAAGGUUGGCUUAAAAAUAGUAUUAAUCGUUUGGUAGUGGUUCGAGAUAGUUUAAAAAGGAAUGCACCACAUGUGAAUUUGAUCUAUCUGGCAUUUGUUGCAAAGUGAUUGGAAGAAUUCGGGACAGAUUCUCAAAAUGCAUUGGAUAACAAGUAUCGAAGGCGGCCCGAAACGGGUAAAUCAUGCAGCUGUGUCCAUGGGCAGCAAAAUCUACACAUUUGGCGGUUACUGUUCUGGCGAAAGUUUACGUGAAUACGUAUCGAUGGAUGUCCACGUAUUGAAUACAAAGACAUUCCGAUGGACAAAGCAUCCGGUCAGCGAGCUGCCGUAUUUUGAAAACGACGAUAUACUUCCCUUCAAGAGGUACGGACACACUGCAGUCAGCUACGGAGAUAAUAUUUAUAUUUGGGGAGGAAAGAACGACAGGACCUGCUGUGCAGUUUUAUUCUGCUUCGAUACCGUUUGGCAUUGCUGGACGGCUCCGACCUGCACCGGAGAUAUACCUUUUGCCCGCGACGGGCACACCGCCUGCGUCUGGCGAAAUAAAAUGAUUGUAUUCGGCGGAUACGAAGAAGAUUGUUUGGCGUUUGCUAAAAGCAUGUACAUACUAAAUUUGGAUACAAAACACUGGUCACAUAUAAUCACCUCAGGCGAAGAACCAAGUUUACGAGAUUUCCACACCGCUGUGUGCAUUGGUGAUCGUAUGUAUGUUUUUGGAGGCAGAGGUUCGGUAGCCACGAAUGGCAUAUACUUACCACGAGAUGAGAGGUACUCUUCGAAUCUGUGGUACUUGGAUUUGCACGAAAAUAAGUGGUACAACACAAAAGCAACAGGUGAUAUUCCCAUAGGAAGACGAAGCCAUUCAGCUUUUGUUUAUAACGAAAAAAUGUACAUUUUCGGUGGAUACAACGCUGUGCUUGGUCAUCAUUUUAACGAUACGUAUGUCUACGAUCCGAAAACUAACGAAUGGACAGCAUUGUCACCAAAUUAUUCUCCACCAUGUCGACGAAGACGACAAGCCUGCAUCGCAGUAGACGAUCGAGUCUUCUUAUUUGGUGGAACAAGUCCUAUCGACGGCACCGAAGAAAACACGAGGAAUGAUUACUUAUAUGACAGCGAUCGCAAGUUGAACGAUCACAGCGAUAUGUAUGUUUUAGAUUUUAAACCGACUUUGAAAACAUUGGCGCUCAUCGUAACGCAAAAAUACAAAUUAGAUAUGUCGAUCUUGCCUGCAAACCUAAGGACGGAAUACUCGAAUAUGUUUAAUGCAAAUAAUAUAACUAUGAACAGGCCGAAUCAUUCGGCUGGCUGAUGGCGACGUCUGAAAUAUCUUUUUAUACUAAAACAAAAUCAGUUACCUUGAUAAUAUACUCAACAAUGUAUCUUUGGUAAACUUAUUUAGUGUGUUUAAUUCGUGUGACUGAUAUUUAUUACUUCUAUGGAACUAUUUAUUUGUUAAACCAUUCCAGUUUAAAUAUUAC